AAAUAGUUUAACCUGUUCUGAUAUUCCAAUUCCAAGAAAGUUCAGCUGAUUAUUGAAAAAGAAGGAUAAACUGCAAAAGUCAUACGUGAAAGAAAAUUUUGGGGAAAAUAUUACUCCUACAAUUUACAAUCUUAGUAUAAGAAGAAGACCUAAAACGACCCUCCAUUUUCCCACACAAAAAGUACUUGUAAAAAAAAAAUUAAAAAAACUCAAAACACUUCACUCAGAAUUUUGACACUGAUCAUGGGGAACACACAGAAAAAAUUGGCCCAAAAUCAGUCAGAACAAGAAUCGCCAGUGGCAGAAUCACCAGAUGAAUCAUUCACUUGCGAAAUUUGUAUCGAGCCUAUAUCAUUACCUAACAAAAAAUUCAAGAAUCAGAAUCUUUGUGUUCAUCCGUUUUGUAUGGACUGUAUGGCUAAAUACAUCGCCGUCAAGCUUGAGGACAACGUCGGCAACAUUCCGUGUCCGUCUCUGAGUUGUGAGAAUUUUUUGGACCCAAUUUCUUGCCGGAAUCUUGUUGGCCCUCAGCUGUUUGUGAGAUGGUCCGACGUGUUGUGUGAAUCUUCUGUUUUAGGGUUAGCGCAUUGUUACUGUCCGGAUCGGAGAUGUUCGUCUUUGAUUUUGGAUGAGUGUGGUGGGAAAGCGAAGCGAUCAAAGUGCCCCAAUUGUAAGAAGCAUUUUUGCUUUCAGUGUAAGCUUCCAUGGCAUUCUGGAUUUCAGUGUGAAGAGAGUCGAGAAUUGAGGGAUAGAAACGAUGUCGUUUUUGGCGUGGUUGCCGAGGCUAAUAAGUGGAAAAGGUGUCCACAGUGUCGUCACUUUGUUGAACUUAUUGAAGGUUGCAAAAUUGUGAAAUGCAGGUGUGGUGCCAGUUUCUGCUACAACUGCGGAAAAAGAGUUCAUCGACACUGGUGUAGUUGUGAUUCUGCUUCCGUGCGCUGCAUAAGGAUCAUCCAUGGGAUUACCAUUAUUUUUAUUCUCCUGUCUAUCUUUUUCAUCUUCAGGAAUUUGAAUAGUAUAACGCCGAAAAAGUAGAGCCGUGUAUAGACAUAUACUCCUAUGAGGUUCAGUAACAUAUAUUAGAAAUCUUUUUUGCUUCAGUGUGUGCACUUGAGGCAGAAAAGAUAGCAUAGACAAGAAAACAGAAACCUUAACAAAGUUUGUACAGAUGGAAUCUAAAAUAUCAAGUUCUGUUAGAUUUUUGACUUGCUGUUUCAAAUUGUCUCAAACACAUUUUUAUGUGAAUUUUCAAGCUUCUCUUC